CUCACUUAUGGGUCGGAAGCACUGCGUGGGGGAGACUGUUCCAAGAUGGCGGCGGGUUGCUGUGGGGUGAAGAAGCAGAAACUGUCCAGUUCGCCCCCCUCCGGCUCGGGCGGCGGUGGUGGCGCCUCCUCCUCCUCCCACUGCAGCGGGGAGAGCCAGUGCCGAGCCGGAGAGCUGGGACUAGGAGGCGCCGGGACGCGGCUCAACGGACUGGGCGGGCUGAGCGGCGGCGGCGGCGGCUGUACCCUCUCUCCCCCCCAGGGCUGCGGCGGCGGCGGCGGCGGGGGCAUCUCGCUGUCUCCACCUCUGAGCUGCGGAGUGGGAACCUUACUUUCUACUCCGGCCGCUGCCACCGCCUCCUCGCCGUCCUCCUCGUCUUCAUCCCCGGGCUCCCGGAAGAUGGUGGUGUCAGCGGAGAUGUGCUGCUUUUGCUUCGAUGUGCUCUACUGUCACCUGUAUGGAUAUCAGCAGCCCCGGACCCCCCGCUUCACCAACGAGCCCUACCCACUGUUUGUAACAUGGAAGAUUGGUCGAGACAAAAGAUUGCGUGGAUGCAUAGGUACUUUUUCUGCCAUGAAUUUGCAUUCAGGACUCAGGGAGUACACACUUACCAGUGCACUUAAAGACAGCCGUUUUCCACCAAUGACAAGGGAUGAGCUGCCACGGCUUUUCUGCUCGGUGUCUCUUCUCACUAACUUUGAAGAUGUCUGCGACUAUUUGGACUGGGAGGUGGGUGUACAUGGCAUUAGAAUAGAAUUCAUCAAUGAAAAAGGAUCAAAACGCACCGCCACCUACCUACCGGAGGUUGCAAAGGAGCAAGGAUGGGACCAAAUUCAGACCAUAGACUCUUUACUGAGGAAAGGAGGCUACAAAGCUCCAAUUACUAAUGAAUUUAGGAAAACCAUAAAGCUGACCAGGUACCGUAGUGAAAAGAUGACCUUGAGUUAUGCUGAAUACCUUGCUCAUCGCCAGCAUCAUCACUUCCAAAAUGGCAUCGGGCAUCCCCUUCCGCCAUACAACCAUUAUUCCUGACACUGAGCCGCUCAACCAGUCACUGGGCCUCUCUGCAGACCUCUUUCCAGGAGACCCUACACCUUCUUGGUCUAGCUAUCUCUUUUACUGUACCAUUUUAUGAUGAUAGUUUCCGUUGCCAUGGUGAAGCUUCGACAUUGUCAGUUAAGACCAUCAUGGUAACGGGUAGGAAAAUGGCAUUUGUUAAGAAGAUCUUGUUACUAUUUUAGAUCAUUGAUUUUUUUUUUGCAGCACAUACAGCUUUUGGAGUUUCUUUCCUUACAAUAUUAGGUAUAUUUUUGCUUUGCUAUCUCAGUCAGGUUUCUGUCUUUCUAUCCCUUUUCUUUUUCUUGCUUCCUCCUUCCUUCUUUUAACUGUGGAUGGAAGAAAGUAUGCAGUUUUUGAGGAUUUAUUAGGUUUGUCUUUAGUAUUCCUCAGUAAGAUAGUCAUUUUUUGAUAGCUGAGUUGGGGAUUAAUUCAUGACAAAUUCAGGUAUUUGUAUAUUACUCUUGAAUUUGUCUGAAAUUCUCUUUGCUAUGACAGCUUUGUAUUUGGGUCAAGUACAUGUUUUUCCCAUGAUUAAAGUAAGUAAGCUUUAGUUUAAGUAAUGAACAUUCAAAGGUCCAAGAUAGGGCUUGUCACAGAGAGUCUUCUGUGCUGGUUAUCGUAGGAGAGACAGCCUCAAGUUAGAGAACCAAUUUACAAUUUAAAACACUGUUUUAGAAAAGCAUAUGCUGCCUUUCAAAUGAGAUAUAGAAAUCAUUUUGAAAGGCAGCAACUAUUAGGAAGAGAUCAGAUGCAGAAUUUAGUGCCUUUGAGAAGACUAUAGUUAAGUCAAAUUAAGAGGGGUUUUUAAAAAGGCAAUUUAGAGAAAUAUUCUUGUAAAAUUUUAUUGUUUCUAUAUAAAAAACAACAGAUUACACAAAUUCCUUACUCCAAAGUAUUUUUUUAGCUGAAAAAAAUUAUUUUGAGCAAGUAACCAAAAAGACAUUUGUCUAUUUUGUAUUAAUUUAAAUUUGUUAGCUUUAGGUUUCAACAAGUCAUAAUUGGUCAGAGACAACUUUAGCUAACUUUAUCUAAGACAUGAUAAAGAUAAUCUAGUGAAAGGAAAUUUCAUCUAUGCUAUGAUUCCGAAUUUGUCUGAGUUUCAGAGAUUCGAUAAAGAGCUUGAAUCUCAUUCUGCACUACAUACUUUUGAUAUAAACACAUUUCUAUGUUGAUUGAUAUUAUGUUGGAUCUAUGAAAAUGGCACUCAGAUAUUUUAAUUAGAGCCCGGUUCAUUUGCAGGGCUAUUCUUCCCAUCACACAAUCAAAGAGAACUUACUGAUGUCAAUGGGAAGCCCUUAUGUUUAUCCCCAGGAAAACCCACAGAUGAUUCUGGCAGAAGAUGACCUUUGUUUUAUGGUAAUAUAUAUAGGUAUAUAUAAAUAUAUAUAUUUGGGAAAUAUAUAUAAUUUUUUCAAAAAGGAAGUCAGUAUACCAAGUGGUGAGUGAAAUUAUGCUGCAGAAUGUAUACUAUAAAACUAUGACAUGCCACUGAUUAUUGAAAUGGUCAAGCUUAGACAUUUAAUCACUGUGAUAAAUGACAGACUGGUAGUUCAGAAAAUCCUUUUCUAGUUCGUAAGACAAUUGGCUGAAAUCGUUCUGCUUGCCACCAGAGCAAAGCACAGCUUGUUUUUGAUGAGAGUUCUUCGAGGUUUGGUAUUCCUUCAUCCACAGCAUCCAUUGUUGAAGUAACCAUUUUAAGUUAUAAUGCCUUAACUAAGAUACCAAUUGCUAGCCUGAAAGGCAAUCUUGGUAGCCAGCUCCAUUGAAUGCAGAGAUUUGUCAGAAAAACUUAAGCUUCUGGACUUUAGAAUGGGCUUUGAAGUCCUGUUGUUUCAGCUUAGAAGCAUGUUGGGGUAGAUUAGUCUUUCAGUAUAAAAGCAAGAGUCUACCUGACAUUUUCUUGCCCUUAUAGGGAAAGUGAGCACAAGCUAAAUGGCAUUGUCUGCUGCAAAAAAAAGAAAAAAGAAGGAAAAAAGAAAAGUAAAUGAAACAUACAGUCUGAAGAGAGACAGAAUAGACCAUGUUGUUGUGAGAUCCAUCUUAGCCAUCAUCCCGUCAUUUCAGUAGCUCCUCGUCCUGGGUGAGCUUACAGCUAGUUUUUUUCUGUUGCUGUUAUUUUU